CUCGAACUAAUACUGGAUGCACUAUCUCCUGAUACCCAGGAAACUCUGCACCUGACUGUUGAGUUCAGGAGAUCUCACGUAAAAUUGCAGCACCAAUGAGCAAUUGUGCUAUUUAUAGCAGCUAUUACUGUAAAACUAGUCCAAACAACCUUGUGCUAUAGAAGUGAGAAGUACACAGUCUGUUGUGCAUCCUUGUCCCGCUUGCUCCAGAGAAUUAGGUGUGUACGUAAAGCUGGAAAAUGGAGGUUCCUGCUGGAAACAGGGGUCACUGGUGGCCGCCUUGCGACUUCUUCUUCUCGUCUUUAAGCUUGACUUUGACCACCACGGAUAUUAUCAGGACGCCUUAUCUGAUGUUCAAAAAUGGAGGAGGAGUGGCGUAUAUGGUUAAUUACCUCAGUGCCCUUGUGACGGUGAUCUUCCCGCUGGUGUUCAUGGAGAUGAGUCUUGGCCAGUUCGCCUCGGGGGGCAUGCUCUCCAUAUGGAACUGCUGUCCACUUUUCAAAGGUGUUGGUUACGCAGCAAUGGUGACGGUGGCGUUAGUGUGCAUGUAUAACGCAGCGAUGAUCGGAUGGCCUCUUCACUAUCUUCUGGUCACCAUUGUAACCAAGGAUGCCUACCCAUGGUCGGCAUGUGACAACGCCUGGAAUACUGCCGGCUGCUACGACCCUACUGGAACCACCAUUGCUAUGGGUGGUAUCCUUGUCAAUACAACUAUGAUUGAAGGCUACGGUUACCGAUCGAAUCCAGCAGAGGAAUAUUUCACCAACCGAUUCCUGCAGGCGUCGCCCGAUGUUCUCGAGUUUGGUGCUGUGAACUGGGAGCUUCUGCUCGCCCUGAUCACUGUGUGGACCCUCAGCUUCCUCUCUCUCAUCUUCGGCCAUUACUCUUUAGGAAAGGUUGCGUUUUUCACGAGCGUUGGCCCAUUUGCUAUAGUUCUUGCCCUUACCGUUCGUGGCUGUACUCUGCCUGGCGCUACAGACGGCCUCAAGUAUAUGUUUUAUCCUGAAACGGGUACUGCGGCUCUUCGAAUGUUCAGGUACCAACGUGUUCAAACAACUUUUACAAGCACUUUCUACCAGUACUUGCCUCUAUUUGGUGCAUUUGCUAUGCUCGGCAGCUACAACAAGAAAACCUACAACUUUUACAGAGACUCGAUCCUGAUCGUGGUUAUCUCAGUGCUAUUUCCCAUCAUAUGUUCUGUGAUGAUCGGAAGUUUUGCCGGAUACCUAGCUUACCAUAAAAAUAUCUCGAUCGGCAAUGCGAUGUCAUCUGGUCCUGGGCUUGCUUACAUAAUGAUGCCUGAGAUCUUGAGCUCACUCCCUCAGUCGAAGAUAUGGCUCAGCUUAUUCUUUGUCAGUAUGUUCCUGCUUUCCUUUGGAACUCAGAUCGUGCUGCUGGAAAGCAUUGUUACAGGAAUCGCUGACGAAUUCUUCCCUGCUCACCUGGGCAAACGUUCGCGGAUGAUAUUCAGAACGAUCGGGGCAUUCAUCUUAUGUUUGGUGCUGUUUCUGCCUGGGAUAGGCUUCGUAACACAGGCUGGCAUUUACUGGUUCACCAUAUUCGAUUGGUAUGCAUCAUCUUGGACCAUACCUGUGCUGUGUAUCUUCGCGUGUAUAGCUUGCACUUGGAUUUAUGGUAUCAACAACUAUGCAUGUGACGUUGAGACGAUGUUGGGGUUCAAACCGAACUACUUGAUACUUGCUGGGUUGAUUGUCAUGGCACCAAUGGGAGGAGUAAGCCUUAUCUGUGCACAAGUUGUGAACUAUUGGCCAACUAUUCAGUAUGGUGAAUAUGUGUUCCCAUGGUGGAGUCUAGUUGUGGGUUGGGCGAUUGCUGGAGUUUCACUCAUCAUGAUCCCACUCCUGCUAAUCAUUCACUGCUCCAGGUCCUGCUGCUGUCCAAGGGCUGAGCAGAGAUCAAGCGGUAUUUGUCGGAGGUUUUUUGAACCCUCGCCACUUUGGAAGAAACUGAAGAUACAGACAACCUACCAACCGCUGGCACAGAUAACAGCAGAGCAGCUACAGAGUGGCAAGAAACCAGGGAUGUACCCGUCAGUCGAAGUAGAUACACGGCUUUGAGACACAUAGCAGUUUCACGGAUAGAACUCUGAUUAUCCAUUUGCUUGAACAAUCAGAUUGUAGAAGAACAAAGUGUUUGCCAGUCAAUUAGUUAGAACGUUUUAUAUAACACAAGUAGCAUGACUAUUCUCUGAUGUGAAAGAGAAAUGAUUUAUAAUUUCGAGCAACUGCCCUAUUCGUUCGGGACUUUUUGCCAAUGUGCCAAAUAUCUUACCACGUCAGAACAGAAAUGGUAUGGAUUGAGUUCACUGAAUACUCGAGCAUGCACUCAAACUCGCUUUGUUCAUGAAAAGUGUUUUUGCAUGUCUGCCUUUUUCGACAAUCUGAGAGAUGUUAUGUAUUGCUCCAAAAAGAUAGUUUUUCAUUUUACUUUGGAGAGAAAAAAAUGAUGAAACAAUUGUGUUUUCAAACGAUUUAUUUGUUUAGGAAAACUGGGUGUUUUCACUUAUUAGGCCGUGAUUGUAUAGAGUUCACGUUCUCACAUGUAACUUGUCACUGUUCACUGUUUACUUUUGAUAUUUGACAUCAAGAACGAACAAGUCAUUUCUAAAGAGCGGCCUACAAACGACUCGCGAUGUCCUUUUUACCCUCACGUUGUGUUUCAAGCCUAAGUCAGUUAACUCGUGACAAGUGACAACGUGAACCCGGAUACAUACGAUUCACGAUGUCACUUUUCACGCUCACGUCGUGUUUCAAGCCUAAGCCAGUUAACUCGUAACAAGUGACAACGUGAACCCGGAUACAUACGAUUCACGAUGUCACUUUUCACGCUCACGUCGUGUUUCCAAGCCUUAGCCAGUUAACUCGUGACAAGUGACAACGUGAAUCCUAUGUACUAAAAUAUUAACUCCGGCCUUGCUGGGCUUUCACAGUGACAGUACCAUGGGCCGGGUACUAGUUCAGUCGAUUUUGGGCUUACACUGGUCGAUAUUUUACUUCAUACUAGUCAAAACUCCUUGUUCUUCGACGAUGUUUUAUAUGUAUAAUGUAAAUAUCAGAAUCGUUUUCUGAAUAGCUUUCCGUUAUGUAAAUAAUUAAAGAUGUACUCUAACUGCGUAACAAACCGACAAGCAGUGUUGUAAGAGAGUGGUGGUGAUGGGGCCACAUCACAGGCCAAUAUUAUACCUCUAAAUGUUCAGAAUGCUUUCAAUCAGGCCAUGUGGCUGCGUUGCACUGAUACGUAUGCGAUGACAUAUGAAUAUAUCUAACGCAACCAAGCAGGUAUCAAAAAUGUUUUGCGUGAAAAUCUGCUGUAACGCAUGUAUUAAUAUUCUACGAUUCAUUUUGUCUUCUGCCCAUGUUUUUUAUAUUAUUUCCUGAAAGCAAUGGAGCUGUAAGGCAGCCGUAACAACAGAUUACCAGGAGAAAAAUUUAUACCGUGGAGUCCAUUUUUGCCAAUCCGAUAUUUUUGUGCUCAUGAAUCCUUUCAUGUAUUUUUACGUUGCAUUUUGUAUGUCAAGUCCUACCAUGGGUCGGUUACAGACAGAACAGCUGUGAAUAAACGAGAAACCG